AUGAAACAUCCAGUCGCAUCCUUGCUGCUAUUGGCCAGCCUGCUCUGCCUGACGGCUCAGGCCGAGAAGCCGUCGCAUGUGGUGAAGGCUCGCCGCGGCUCCUAUUUCAAUGAGCCAGCCCUGGCCCGCUCGAGCGACGCCGGCGUGGCGGCCCUGGCUCUCGACCAGAGCGCUGACAAGGAUAAGGUAGGCGGUGCUGCUGCUGGCGCCGGUGUGGCUGGUGCAGCUGGGAGCUCGGCAACCAGCAGCAAAGAUCCCUCCAGCGGGCGUCUCUUCCUGAGGAAGUUCCUCAUGUUCAAGAACAUGUUCAGCAGCAACCAGCAGCCGGUGAUUCCCAUCAUUAUAACUGGAGCCGGUACUGGCACCGCACCUACCAGCCCCAUUACGACACUGACCACCACUGGCACAUUACCCACGGCCACGGGCACCAUCGACACCUCGCCCACAUCGCCCACGACGCCCACGUCGCCCACCUCGCCCGUACCCCGACAGUACUACGACCACCAGGCCGACGAGCAGGCCGAGGCCGAUGCCGGCGAUGACGAGGCCCAGCCAGUGGCCAUGGCCGCCAAUGCGGAGCUGAUCGACGAACAGGCCCUGCAGGCGGCCAUCGCGGCGGGCGCCCAGGAGUACGAGGUGUUCACCGAUGCCGAUCAAUCGGAUGCCGGCGCCACCGAGAGCAAGGCCAGCCAGAGCAAUCGCAUCAAUCUGCGCCGCAAGGGCGGCCGUCGCGGCCAGGGACAGAUGAUCAGCGUGCGCAUUCCGCCGCGCUACCGUCGCUACUUCAAGAACGGCCAGAAGGUCAUGAUCAACACCAAGAACAGGCCCAACCGGCGUCGUGUGGUCAGGAAGCGCUACCAGAACAAGAACAAGCGCUUCAACAAUCGUCGUCGCGGUGGCAAGAACAAGAACAAGAAGGGCAAGAACAAGAACAAGCGCCCACGUCUGCCACUUGCCUAA